ACAGUUUCGGAAACAGCAAGUAUGGCUGACAGCACUGUGUGUGACUGUUGUGGUUAUUUUUCAUAAUUUUGUGUUAAAUUCUAUUUUGCAUCAUGCCACAAGAAGUGAGUAGUUCACCGAGGCCAGGGGAGAAGGCCCUAGCAGUGAUGAAAUUGGUUAAUGAGGUUGGCAUCUUCAAGAAACCUGCUCUUCCUGUCAAGAAAGCCAAACAGAAAGAAGAACGACCAAAAAACGUUUUGGACGAGGACAAAUAUUUAGAAGAAAUGGGGAUGAUUAUUCAACGAGACUUCUUUCCGGAUUUGGAAAAAUUAAAGGCACAAAACGCAUAUUUAGAAGCUCUGGAAAAAAAUGAUAUCCAAAAAAUAAGAGAAUUGUAUGUGAAAUACAGCUCUGGAUGUCGACCGCCAACAGAAAGAUAUGCUGCAAGUCCCGCAACCUUUGAAACUCCUAUGGAUGCAAGAAGAGAAGAAGAUGAAAAUAACCCUUCAGGAACUGAAACACCUGCUGUAGAAAACUCUACUGCCUCAUUACAAAAUCAAACAAAUGGACCUGAUAAUAAGUCAGAAGAGGCAUUAAAUGUUGCUGAGGAUGAUGAUGAUAAAAGGCCUAGUCUUGAUGAAUAUUUAGCAAGCUUCACUAGUGAAGAUAACCAAAGCUUUCAGGAAAUAAUGAGAGAAGCUGACAUUAAACACAGACAGAAGUUUUCUUGGUUAUAUGAAGCAGAGGAAAAGUCUGGAGGUAAACAGAAGGACAUGCUGGCUUUACCUUCAAUAGAGCAACAAGCCAAAGGAAAAGAAAGACCUUUUAACAUUGAUACAUGGGGGUAUCGAAAUAAGAAUUACAUUAUGUAUGUACCAGAUGGAGUAUCAUUGACUCCAGAAGAGCAAGUUGAAAUGGCAAAAAGGAAGCAGGAAAUUGCACACUGCAAUACGCGACUUGCAUGCAACCCGUUCAAUGAACAGCAAAACAAAGAGACCAUUCACCAGCUAGCGAGCCAGCAGGCGCAGGCACUGGAGGGCAAAAUUGGGGUUGAUGGCAAGGAGCUCACCCUUUCAAACACACCAAAAGUUAAUGGUUAUGGUUUUGUGAAAACUCCCUCACCGGCACCAGGUGUUGCCGAGUCCCCUUUAAUGACCUGGGGUGUCAUUGAGGGAACACCCUUCAGACUCGAUGGUGGAGACACUCCAAUUCACACAACUCCAGGGCCUUCGUUUCGCAUCCCGGAGCCUCCAAAAAGAGAGAAGCUGGCCCUUGCACUGGCUGAGAAGGCAGGUGAAAGGCACCGCGAUCGGAAGAAUAAAGCUAUAGAAGCUGCCCGUCGCCAGCUCUCUUCGCCAUCUCCAAGACCUGGUUCUGGCCUGUCCCUAGAUCGCCUUAGCACCAUGUCUCCAGCUGCCCGUCAGCUUGCCUCAUCCCAGUUACGGCGCUUGAGCAGUGACCGUGCAUUGCAAGCUUCGUAUAGUCCGCGAGCUGGAAGCACAACACCUCUGUGGGGAUCGACAACUCCCAAGACACCUGGAGGAAGCACUACCCCUGGCUCAGUUCGAAGCAGAGCCGCCCUUGCCAAGGCAGUUCGGCGGAAAGGAGCAGCAACCCCCAACCCUAACAUUACGGACAACCUGUUGAAUCUACCCAAGAGACCUCGUGCUGCAGACUUCUUUGAACCUCUUAGUUAAAAACCAGUGAUAGAGAAUUUCAUGAUAAUGUUGGGAACUGAAGAAGACUGAAAUCGUCACAACCAGUGUUUGGUCUGUCUGAAAAAUACUGUGUGGUGCUAAUAUUUCAUACUUCCGUAUUUAUUCAUUUUGUGAGGUUCUCUUUACAUUAAAUUAAGAUACUCAGAUUUGAUGUGAGUAGCUGUCAUCACUGUCAGUAGUCACUAAGAAGACUUCAUAUUCUUCGUUUCAACAAUCCCAAGAUGUGAGGGUCAGCAGGACUGUCGUGACAUUCCUGGUUAAUUUAAUAUGUACAUAUCAGUGUGUAUUCUUGUAUAAAUUAUAUGUUUUGUAUAAAAUAAUACAGUUAAUCAUUCUGGUUUAUAGAAACUGUGAUCAUACCUAAUUAUGAAAAUAAAUACCUACAAAGAGCUGACAAGAAAUUGCAUAAAUCUGGACAAUUUGAAAAGACUGCAUCACAACAAACUAUCCUUUUCGAGAAAAAUUUUUUAACCAAAUUUCAAUACCUGCCGGCCAAAAAAAAACA